AUGGCAUACCUACGUAUUUUUCUAUCCCAAAAGACUGCUAGGUAAGUAAUUUUUUUUUACAUAUUAUUUGGUACUCGUCUAAUAUGCUACCUACCAAAAAUUCUUAUAUAAUGUAUAUUAUAUGUAUUUUUAUUUCAUUUUAUUGCGAGAAAGUACCUGUAACUACAAAACGAUGGAAUGUAAAUAGAGACAUGUUAAAACCAAAUAUGGAAUUAAAAAUAACAAAUUUGUUAGACCACCAACUAAUAAGAGGAAUGGCAUACAAUUUAUUUGGAGUUUUUCCGGGAUGACAUAGAAAAAAUACAUGACAACAAUAUUUAUAAAUAUUAAAAUACUCGGUAAUGAUAAUCAUCAGCAAAAGUUUUAUUCUAAUACAUUUUAAUUAAUUAUUUGGUAAAAUAUGUAACAUAUAACAGUUUUAGGCCGAUGACAUUUUAUAGUAGGUAGCAUAGGUAUAGUUUUUUGGUUGAUAACAAUUUACAGGUAGGUAGCAUACUACAUCAAUGAAAUUAUGGUAGGUAGCAUAUGCCAUAUUAAAGGAGUACCUAUUAUUUAUAUAUUAUCUACUUACAUUUUAAUUGAUUUGUUCUCAUUUAGCAUAGGAAAAUGUAUUAUGUUAGUAGUUAAGUUAAUCAAGUUAGCUCUUGUUGCAACUGAUUAAACUGUUAUUCCAUUUUAAUAUGUAUUAUCAUUUAUUAUUAUUAAUUAUAUUUAUAAAAAUAUUUUAGAAUCGCCGUUUGGAUUGAAAAUUGCAAAUUUAAUAUGAUAAUCAUAAAAACAAUCAACAAAUUGGAUAUUAACAUUAAGUAUAGUGUUUGUUCUUUACAUUCUGAAAUUAAUAUGUUUUCUAAUUUUCAGAAUAGUAGACUAAAGGCAGAAGCUGUACCUAAAUUGUUUGAUGCUAUGGAAGUUGAGUGCGUGGAUGAAUCAAAGAAUAAUGAUAGCUCUAAAUGUAGGAAUUCAGACUUCAUGCCAUUAUUAUGUUUGACACCUGGUAUGUCUUAUAUAAUAUAUUUUGUAACUACAAUAAACGCUCACUUAUUUUUGGUAACCACAACAACCUAUUCCACAGAUAAUUGUAUAUCUAGUGUUGCUUAAAAUCUUAAUUAAUUGAAAAAUCUAAUAUUCAUUGAAUUAAUUUAAUUUUAUAUAAACAUUCAUGUUGGGGAUAAUUACCUUAUAUGCAAUUAUGUAUUUUAAUUUGUAUAGGUUCCUCUGCUCGUUUAUCGAUAAACUCACAAAGAAUAUCUGAUGCAUCAACAUCAAUGGACAUAGAAACGAAGUAUUAUGGCUCUACACAAACGUCAAGUUAUUUGUCAUCCAAAACUCCGAAAAGUUCCUCUUCGGGAAAACCUUAA